AAUUCUACUAUUAUAUAUAACCCUACCUUAAGUAUCAAGAAAAUGGAUUGAACCCAAACACAGCAUCAUCUCACAUCGACACUGCCAGACUCACGAUGCUUCUACUCUCACUACUUCUCACGUGCGUGCUCUACGCCCUGUCAUGCAGUGCAAGGGCCCUACUAGUAGGCAGCAGGGACGCAGUCUACCCCCGAGCUGGCUCCCUGCAGCAGGUCACCAACUUCGGCAGCAACCCUACUAAUGUAGGCAUGUACAUCUACGUGCCGACCAAUCUGGCCAGCAAACCAGGCAUCAUCGUUGCCAUCCACUACUGCACCGGCACGGCGAGCGCCUACUACAGCGACUCGCCCUACGCGACGCUGGCUGAACAAUACGGGUUCAUCGUCAUCUACCCGCAGAGCCCGUACUCGGGGACUUGCUGGGACGUCAGCUCGCAGGCGACGCUCACCCACAACGGCGGGGGCAACAGCAAUUCUAUCGCUAACAUGGUUACCUGGACAAUUGCGCAGUACAAUGCCGAUACCAGCAAGGUGUUUGUGACGGGGUCGAGUUCGGGGGCGAUGAUGACGAAUGUAAUGGCAGCAACCUACCCUGCCCUCUUCAACGCCGCGACCGUCUACUCCGGCGUCCCUGCCGGCUGCUUCUACAGCGCCACCAACACCCCCGACGCGUGGAACAGCACUUGCGCGCAGGGCCAGUCGAUCACCACCCCGGCGCACUGGGCCGCUAUCGCCGAGGCCAUGGACCCCGGCUACCGCGGCGCCCGCCCCCGCAUGCAGAUCUACCACGGCAGCGUCGACACUACGCUGUACCCGCAGAACUACUACGAGACUGUCAAGCAGUGGGCGGGCGUCUGGGGGUAUGACUAUGAUGCGCCCCAGAAGACCGAGGCGAGUACCCCUGAGGCGAACUAUGUGACUACGAUCUGGGGGAAGGGGUUGCAGGGGAUCUAUGCGACGGGGGUGGGGCAUACGGUGCCGAUUCAUGGGGAGGGGGAUAUGGAGUGGUUUGGUUUUGCUUGAGCUUGCAGUGAUGUUUGGCUGUUGGGGUUGCUUGGGUUGGGGGAAGGGUGAGAGAGCUGAGGUUU